AUGGUUCGCUAUGCUGUAUUCCUUGCCAGCUAUGAUUAUGACAUUGAGUACAAGAACACCACUAAACACUGUAUCGCGGAUAGACUUUCGCGAAUGCCACUUCCUGAGGUCAGGGGAGAACACACUGACCCAGAUGACCUCCUACACUUGUCGCAAUUCGACACUCUACCAGUCACCAGUGACCAAACUCGUAAGGAAACUGCUCGCGAUGUCACACUCGCAAAAGUCUACGAGUACACCAUGAAGGGCUGGCCUCACUCCCAUGACUCUGAACUUAAUCCAUUCCAUGCACGCAGACAUGCACUCUCUGUGCACAAUGGAUGUAUCAUGUGGGGACUACGUGUUGUAGUGCCAGCCAAGCUCCACGACAAAGUACUCCACGAGCUCCAUGAAGGUCACUUGGGGGUUGUGAAAAUGAAAACCCUCGCUCAUGGCUACACUUGGUGGCCUGGCAUUGACAGUAACAUUGAACGGCUUGCCAAUGGUUAUUCUGGAUGCCAGUUAGUCCAACACAAUCCCAAAUCAGCACCACUUCACACUUGGGAAUGGCCCAUGUCUCCAUGGCACCGUAUCCACACUGACUAUGCUGGACCAUUUCUUGGUCAAAUGUUCCUGAUCGUAGUGGAUGCGCACUCCAAAUGGCCAGAAGUGGUAGGCACCAAAUCAUCCGAUUCAUCGCACACCAUCGAUAUUCUCCGAGCCAUCUUCGCGAGAAAUGGAGUGCCAGAGCAACUCGUGAGCGACAACGCGCCUCAGUUUACAUCUGACGAGUUUCAAAUGUUCCUCAAGCGCAAUGGUGUGAAACACAUCACAUCUGCCUCGUACCAUCCGGCAACAAAUGGCCUAGCUGAACGUUUCGUGCAGACCUUCAAACAGGCAAUGAAAUCCAUGACGGGUGAGAAAGAAAGCACAUCUGCUAAACUGGCUAAUUUCCUGUUAGCAUACAGGAAUGCUCCUCACUCCACGACUGGACAGUCCCCAGCUACACUGUUCAUGGGACGCAAUCUUCGUUCGCGAUUGGACAUUCUGAAACCCAACAUUCGCAACCAUGUCAGCAGUAAGCAGGUGGACCAGGCAACAUCACACAAUGCUGCCAAUGUGACCCGAGAGUUUCACAUUGACCAGACAGUCUCUGUUCGCGACUACCGUG